UUAUGUGGCAGAUGCUGUUGUUUGCUCUCAUUGGGAGUCAGACAGUUAGCCUCUGACUCACUGUGGCUCUUGAUUUCUAAUGCUGAGUUGCCGUAGGAUUCUGUGAUCAUCUGGCAAACUUGGAAAUCCCUCCUAUGUUUUGACAGACUUCUAGAAAAGGUGGCCUCAUUAAUCGAGUGGAGAGAAUGUUAAGGAUGGUGUGAAGUUUUAUGUUAGUCUGAUAAAUGACAAAACCUUGGUAGCAUUUAAUAUCGGUGCUUUUUCAAAAACUCCAUGUCCACAGCAAGUACUAACUUAAAAAGAAGAGAUAGAAUUCUCCUACAUUCUUAAAAGGCCUACUGUGACAGCACUCACUUCUCGCUUUUCUCCCUUCUGACUCUUGCUUGUGGUUCAGCUAUGGAAGUUUGCCCCUGAGAAGAUGUGGGCUUCAGCAUAGAGGCAGUGUCUGCUACGAGACCAUGGGAGAACCGUCACCAGAAGAACAACUUUGCACAUGCUAUUAAACUCUUUUGCUCUCAUGUCAAAGCCCAGCUCCUUCUCUUAUCUUGUUCAGAAGCAAUGUGGUGUGACUGGGCUAAUGAAGAAAAAGAAAAGCAUGUUGUCACUUGAGACUGCCUUAGAAAUGUUACCCAGUCGGGCCUCGGUGUUUCCUGUCGUUUGGAAGAGAACAGGCCUAAACAGUACCUUCCUCCUCGUGUAGCUGUGAGGACGGCACCAGGAUCGAGUGUAGACAGAAGCAAACCCAGCUCACUUGUUUCCUGGGACAUUUGAGUUAGGGGAUGGCUUUCGCAGAGCACUCCUCACUGACCCCUCACCGCCGGGACCUCUGUAGCCGCUCUAUCUGGCUAGCAAGGAAGAUUCGUUCAGACCUGACUGCUCUUAUGGAAUCUUACAUGAAGCAUCAGGGCCUGAACGAGAACAUAAACCUGGACUCUGUGGAUGGUGUGCCAGUAGCAAGCACUGAUCGAUGGAGUGAGCUGACUGAGGCAGAGCGACUCCAAGACAACCUCCAAGCCUAUCGUGCCUUCCAUGUAAUGUUGGCCAGGCUGUUAGAAGACCAGCAGGUGCAUUUUACUCCAGCUGAAGGGGACUUCCAUCAAGCAAUACGCACCCUUCUACUCCAAGUUGCUGCCUUUGCUUACCAACUGGAGGAAUUAAUGAUGCUCCUGGAACACAAGAUCCCCCCCAAUGAGGCUGAUGGGAUACCUAUCGUUGGAGAUGGUGGUCUCUUUGAGAAGAAGCUGUGGGGCCUGAAGGUGUUACGAGAGCUUUCGCAGUGGACAGUUAGGUCCAUUCGUGACCUUCGAGUCAUUUCUUCUCAUCAGACUGGGGUUCCAGCACCCGGGAGCCAUUAUAUUGCUAAUGACAAGAAAAUAUAGCAGCUUUCCCUCCUUUCUCUCCCCCUUCCUUUUCUAGUGUUGUAUACACAGUUCCCUGAGGCCUCACUUUCCCGUUCUUAAGUUUUGAAAGGUUGCAAGUUCUCUAACCUUUAAGACCACAGGCAUUUUCAUCAAGUAGGGCUGGGGACAUGGACAAAUGGGCAUAGAGUUUAUUCUGGAGAGAGAGAGUGUGUGUGUGUGCGUGUGUGCGUGUGUGUGUGUGUGUGUGUGUGUGUGUGUGUGUGUGUUGGGACCAUACGGGAGCGGGGGUAAAGGCAACAUUCUUCCACUUUAGUGCUCUAACCUUUUCUCCCCACUAAGUUAACCUUCCAAGUAUUUAACAGUCUCACAGGAUAAAUGUGUGUUUAACUUUGGUCCUGGAGGACUUUUCUGAGAAGACUGAAACAGUGAAUGAAAAAUCAUGGACUCUACCAGCCAAUUCAAACUCCUGGAUAAUAAAAAUAGUAACUAACGCUUA